UUGAGCAAUAAGUAAAAUGUGCUAUUAAACUAUCUUCACUAAUUUCUUAAUACCAUGAUUUUUUUGGGGUCAUUUCCAUGAAUGUGAUACUAGAAAUUAAAAGUGUUUUACAUAUUAAAUAAUAUACAAAUUAUUUUAUCCAUUGAAAAUACAUAGAGAAAAUUAUUAGAAUAAUUAAAAUGUGUGGAGGAUUCACGUGUUCAAAAAAUGCCCUUACGGCGCUAAAUAUAUUAUACAUUAUCGUUUCAUUUAUUUUAAUUGGCGUAGCAGCAUACGGCCAGGCAGCUAGUGUUGUUAUGAAUUUGCCGAUUAUUGGAGGAAUAUUGGCUUGUGGGAUAUUAUUAAUAAUGAUAUCUAUAUUGGGAUUAGUAGGAGCAGUAAAACAUCAUCAAGUCAUGCUAUUUUUUUAUAUGGUAAUAUUAUUCCUGCUAUUUCUAAUACAAUUCUCAAUCGCAUGUGCUGCAUUAGCUGUUAAUUCGACUCAACAGGAAAGAUUAGCAGAACAGGGCUGGAAUAGAUCUGAAACUGUAAGACAAACUGUACAGAAAUCAUUUUCAUGUUGCGGUUUUGAUAGCCAUUCAAACACAACCUCUUGCAAUCCUAUUGAGCUGGGAUGUUGUCCACAUGGAUCUGGAUCAGACUGCCAUUGUGAACCGUGUUUAUAUAAAAUUCAAUCUACCAUGGAUCAUGCAUUUAAACUUUGUGGAGGAAUAGGAUUAUUUUUCAGUUUCACUGAGGUGUUAGCUGUUAUCAUCACACAUCGCUACAGGAACCAAUGUGAUCCAUUAGAAAAACAGGCACAUGCUAUAUUUCCCAGGCAUAAUUAUUUAUACUGACAAUGAGAUUAUAAAUUAUUUAGUAGUCUUUAAAUCAAUUUCCAAAGAUUUUGGUUUAGUAAAUUGAUCAAAUAU